AUGCAGUUUAAUUGUUGGUACGACAGGCCUUUCCAAGGACCAGUAGCUUUGCAGAUCGGUAUGUUUGUUGUUAGAGCUAAUUGGAUGCUUUCGAAAAGAGCGUUUUCGAGAACAGUUAAGGUUGCUAGUUCUCAACCGAUUUUCGAUCCUUUACAAUUGAACCCUAUUCGUUCUGGAGGAACCUCUAAUAUCAAUUCCAGCUUAAAAGAUCUCAAUGAUGCCAAUAAGAAGAGAAAGCAGGAGCUGCUGAAGAGUAGUUUCCAAUUGCAACCGAAAGAUGACGCCCUUUCUGCACGUAUGGUGGGGGUCCAAGCUGGGAGAACAGUUGACAUUUUUAAUGGCAACACACAGAACGGUUUGAGACAACUGAGCAGUCUGGUAUACACCAACAAUAUACCUCAGGAUAGGAAGGAUCAGAUGUUCUAUAAGAAGCCAGGCAAAGUCGCGGAAAGGAAGAGGUCCUUGAGACAUAGGAAAGAGUUCAAGAAAGGCUUCCAGAGAUUGAUCGAAAUAGUCAAGGACGCCAAGAGGAAAGGUUAUUGA